UCCAAUAAUCCUCCCAUCUACCCAUCCGGUGGCUUGUUGUACCAGACACCAUGUUGAUCCUGUGGAUGUCCUGGGUGACACUGCUGGCUCUGGACUGGACUCCAGGCAGCUGGGCCUUUACCACCACCAGGGCUCAGGGACUAAGGGGUCGCGUCCAGAAAGAUCGUAGAAACAUUCGGCCCAACAUCAUCCUCAUCAUGACCGAUGACCAAGACGUUGAGUUAGGUUCUCUGCAAGUGAUGAACAAAACGCGUAAAAUAAUGGAAGAUGGCGGCAUGAGCUUCAUCAAUGCUUUUGUCACCACGCCAAUGUGCUGCCCAUCAAGGUCGUCCAUGUUGACGGGGAAGUACGUCCAUAACCACAACACCUACACAAACAACGAAAACUGCUCAUCCCCAUCUUGGCAGGCUCAGCACGAGCCGCGCUCCUUUGCGGUUUACCUCAACAACACUGGCUACCGGACAGGCUUCUUUGGAAAAUAUCUCAAUGAGUACAAUGGCACCUACAUCCCACCUGGGUGGCGCGAGUGGCUCGGACUGAUCAAAAAUUCCCGCUUCUAUAAUUACACAGUUUGUCGUAAUGGUUAUAAGGAGAAGCACGGUGCAGACUACGCAAAGGACUAUUUCACGGAUCUGAUCACCAAUGAUAGCAUCAGCUUUUUCCGCAUGUCCAAGAAGAUAUUUCCCCAUCGUCCUGUGAUGAUGGUCAUCAGUCACGCCGCUCCUCAUGGGCCAGAAGACUCAGCCCCACAAUACGCAGAGCUCUUCUCAAAUGCUUCGCAGCACAUAACCCCCAGCUACAACUAUGCCCCUAAUAUGGACAAGCACUGGAUCAUGCAGUACACAGGCCCUAUGAAACCAAUCCACAUGGAGUUCACCAACUUUCUGCACCGGAAAAGGUUGCAGACCCUGAUGUCAGUCGAUGACUCUGUCCAGAAAAUUCAUGACAUGUUGGAGGAAACUGGAGAGCUGGAAAACACAUACAUCAUCUACACAGCUGAUCAUGGCUACCACAUCGGUCAGUUUGGGUUAGUCAAGGGAAAAUCAAUGCCUUAUGACUUUGAUAUCAGAGUGCCAUUCUUCCUGAAAGGACCAAAUGUGGAACCAGGAGCAGUAAACCCUCAUAUGGUGCUGAACAUUGAUCUAGCUCCCACCAUUCUCCACAUUGCUGGCCUGGACACCCCCCCAGACAUGGAUGGAAAGUCCAUCCUUAAGCUGCUGGAACAGGACCGGACUGGCAACAGAUUCAAGUCCAACCGCAAACCUAAAGUCUGGAGAGAUACAUUCCUGGUGGAGCGAGG